GUAGAUAUUGGGAAAGCAGCAGGAGUAGUCUCGUUCUGCGGUCACCAACGAGACCUUCUCGCCAGGCCGAAAGGGCCCCCUGGACCCCCAUGUCGUUACGCUCUCGGUGGAUACGGAAACGCAGAGGUUAACGCCAUGGCGGAUGGCGACAGCGUGUUUGUUAAAGACUCAGAAGGCCAUGGCAGCUCCCCAGCGGCUUUCAAAACGGGCCAUGACACCAGGCUCUUCUCGUCUGCUGAAGAGGACAGCAGUCUGUACUUCACCUACAGCGGAGGGCAGAAUAAGCUGGAAGUAGUCAAUCUGCACUAUGAGGUGGACACUGCAGCCCAGAUCCCCUGGUAUGAGAAGCUGUCGGAGUUCAAGUUGCCGUGGGAGAUUCAGGGCGAUAAGCAGGUGGCCAUCCAGGGCCUCAACCUGCGGGUGCACAGCGGGCAGAUGCUGGCCGUCAUCGGCAGCUCAGGCUGUGGCAAGACGUCCCUGCUGGACAUCAUCACUUGCAGGGACGAGGGCGGCAGCAUGGCGUCGGGUCAGGUGCUGAUCAACGGGGUGCCGUGCACGGCCUCGCUGGUGCGCAAGAACAUUGCCCACGUGCGGCAGGACGACCGGCUGCUGCCACACCUCACCGUCCGAGAGACCCUCUCCUUCGUCGCCAAACUGCGGCUGCCCGCACACUACUCACAGAAGCAGCGCGACCAGAGAGUUGAUGAUGUCAUAGCCGAGCUGCGUCUGCGGCAGUGUGCGAACACGCGGGUGGGAAAUGACUAUGUGAGGGGCGUGUCCGGGGGAGAGAGGAGGAGGGUCAGCAUUGCAGUGCAGCUUCUUUGGAACCCGGGUAUCUUGAUUCUGGACGAGCCCACAUCGGGUCUGGACAGCUUCACGGCCCACAACCUGGUGAUCACGCUGUCCCGGCUGGCCCAGGGGAACCGGCUGGUGCUGCUCUCGGUCCACCAGCCGCGUUCGGACAUCUUCCAGCUGUUUGACCUGGUGGUGCUGCUGGCGGCCGGCUCUCCCGUGUACUGCGGGCCGGCCCAGGACAUGGUGUCCUACUUCACGGCCCUGGGACACCCCUGCCCGCGCUACUGCAACCCCUCAGACUACUAUGUGGAUCUGAUCAGCAUUGACCGGCGCAGCGUAGAGAAGGAGGCAGAGUGUCUGGACCGGGCCCGGAUUCUGGCGGCCCAGUUUGUGGAGAAGGUGAGCGGUACCGAUGACUUCAUGUGGAAGACCCAGGAGACCACUGGCAUAAACUCCUCCACCACUAACAACUCCACUCCAUCUACCCCCAGCUCUCUGCCAGGUUCAAAGGAGGAGGUCAUCACUAUGUCUAAGAGGAGAGACCGGUUACCGGGGCGACUGCAUCAGUUCACCAUCCUCUUCAGGCGACAGGUGUACAACGACUACCGUGACCUGGUGACGCUAUUGGUGCACGGGCUGGAGGCCCUGCUCAUGUCCCUCCUGAUUGGCUUCCUGUACUACGGGGCGGGGCCUACGAAGCUGUCCGUACAGGACAUGGUGGCGCUGCUCUACAUGAUCGGAGCGCUCACGCCCUUCGCUGUGGUGCUGGACGUCAUAGCCAAAUGCCAUACUGAGCGGGCCAUGCUCUACCAUGAGCUGGAGGAUGGCAUGUACUCUGUGACCUCCUACUUCUUUGCCAAGAUCCUGGGGGAGCUGCCGGAGCACUGUGUGUUCACGCUGGUGUACGGCGUGCCCAUCUACUGGCUGUCGGGCAUGAACGAGGCGCCGGACCGCUUCUUCCUCAACUUCCUGCUGAUCUGGCUGAUGGUCUACUGCAGCCGUAACAUGGCGCUGUUCGUGGCGGCGGCACUGCCCACGCUCCAGACCUCCGCCUUCAUGGGCAACGCAUGCUUCACCGUCUUCUAUCUGACGGGGGGGUUCGUCAUCAGCCUGGAGAACAUGUGGCUGAUGGCCUCGUGGUUCUCCCAUGUCUCCUUCAUGCGUUGGGGUUUUGAUGGGAUGCUACAGGUGCAGUUCAGAGGCCUGCGGAUACCCGUCAGCAUCGGCAACUUCACCUUCACAGUGGACGGCAUACACGUGGUGGAGGCCAUGCACAUGAACCAGUAUCCCCUCUACUCCUGCUACAUGGUCCUGGUGGCCGUCUGCAUCGUCUUCAUGCUGCUCUACUACCUGGCACUCAAAUUCAUCAAGCAGAAGUCAAGUCAGGACUGGUGAGAUCUCAAGGAGAUGAAGGGUGCUGUACACUUCGUUGCAGUACCAAGGUUUGCCGCUGGAUGGCAACAGAGUAUUGCAUUUGUCUUCAGGCAAGGCCUGAACCAAUUAUUUCUGUAUCCCCCCCCCUCUCUCUUUCUCUCUCUCUCUCGCGCUGGUGGGGCCUAUUUUGGAUUAGUGUGUGUACACCAUGAUGGUCGAUAUCAAUCGACAGCUUUUCGUGCCAAGUUUUUCAUCUUCCCUUUUUGUAUAUAGCUUAAUCUUUUUGUAUAUUGUUGCUGGUCUACUAAGCUUAACCAUGUAUGGAUAUGCCACAAAAACGGGUGUGAAAAAAAAUAAAGCCUGUUCAGUUGGUCCACCAAGUCUCUUUAAGAGGCUUUGUAUUAAAACAACAGAGUAUGAAAGUCUUGCGCUGGUGCAAAAGUCUGAUAUUUUGAACAUAAAUGUAUUGAGAGAUUAGUGUAUGUAUGUAGAGAUUAACACGACGCCAAUUUUAACCAAUUAGAAAGGUUUACAUUUUCUUUACAAAUGGUUUUUGUGUCUGAACUGCAUGCUGGAGCUUGUCAAUGAAUGUAUGAUGUAUUAACGCUUGAAAAACAAACAGAAAAUAAAAUGAAACAACAACAAAUA